ACCUGACCAACCUGACGUACGCGCGCCGUGUCUCGAUAAAUUGUUUAAUGGCUAACCGGCCGAGGUCUUUUAAAUUGCUUUAAAUUUUAAGUUCCCUCGAGCCGUUGCCGUACUUAAAACCACAUAAAACCGCUACCGAUUCCCAUUCGUGUAUAUCCGUAUCCGAAUUCGAACUUCACAUUAAAAGGAUUGAAAGGUGUGCUCGGAUUCCUUUUGGAGUAAUCUGCCAUUUUCAACGUUGACACGAUGCAAAAGGAAACCAGACUGAAGCGAGAACUUGCCAGGCUCAUGGAGAACCCACCGGAGGGUAUUUGCUGUUAUCCACAAAUGGACAAAACUGAUUUGCUUUGUGCCAACGUAAUGGGACCUCGAGGCAGUCCUUACGAAGGGGGCCUCUUUCAGUUAGAAUUGGAAAUACCACAAAACUAUCCAUUUGAGCCACCACGGAUGAAAUUCGUAACCCCGGUCUAUCAUCCAAAUAUCGACAGUAGCGGUCGUAUCUGCAUGGAUUUUCUAAAAAUGCCACCUAAGGGUGGUUGGAAACCGACGAUUAAUCUUGAGAAUCUUUUGACCGCCGUUCAACUGUUAUUAGAAAACCCAAAUCCAGACGAUCCUCUCAUGGCUGAUAUAGCCGAAGAGUACAGGUUCAAUAAAGCUGAAUUCAAGCGCAAAGCCAAGAAGACAACCGAAGACUAUGCAAUGAAAAAAAGAAAACACGAACUGAAUUAAUUUUAAUAGAUCUGUGGACGACGAAUGAACUACCUCGAUUAAAUUUCUAAAUGUCCACUGGUUUAACAGACAAUUUAUUUAGAUGUUAUUUAUUUUUUUAUGUGCUUAAUAUAAAGUGAGAAGUUACUCAAAAAACAAAUUCUCUCGUCGAGGGUCAAAAUAAACUCUUUCCAGUGCCUAAUACUAAAUCCAUUAAAAUAAUUAUUAUAAUAAAUUAUUAAUGAUGAAGUUGA